CUUAUCAGGCGCGGUCAGGCAGCCGGGCCCUUAUCUGCACUGGCCCAGCAUCCUCCCGGCCCGCUGCGCCAGGGGUGAGAGGGAGGAAACCCGGCCGCCAGGGGCGGGGAGAGGGCGGGCGGCCCGGAGCUGCUCACUUUCCCUGGAGGGACCUACCCUGUUGCCACCACCACCGCGGUGGCCCUUGGGAGCCAAGGAAGAGGGGCGGCCUGAUGCUGCGGCCCAGACAGGGCCUCCGGCUGCCAGCAGCACGGAGCGGAGCGCAGAGGCCCGAGCGGGUGGCGGUGCCUUGCCUGAAGUCGGAACCGCAUCCUGGACCUGAAGGACAGAGUCAAGGCCAUCAGCAGGCAUCCGGAGCAGUGCUGGGGUGAGCACCCCCUCGGGGUCCAUGUGCCCGCCCGAGGCCCAGGCAGAGGUGGGCCCCACCAUGACCGAGAAGGCCAAGAUGGUGUGUGCCCCCAGCCCAGUGCCUGCCCCACCCCCAAAGCCUGCCUCGCCUGGGCCCCCAAAGGCGGAGGAGGUGGGCCACAGAGGCUCCUCGCCACCCAGGCUGCCCCCUGGCGUGCCAGUGAUCAGCCUGGGCCACACCAGGCCCCCAGGGGCAGCCAUGGCCACCACGGAACUAAGCACCCUCCGUCCCCCGCUGCUGCAACUCUCCACCCUGGGAACCGCCCCACCGCCCCUGGCCCUGCAUUACCACCCUCACCCCUUCCUCAACAGCCUCUACAUUGGGCCGGCAGGACCUUUCAGCAUCUUCCCUAGCAGCCGGCUGAAGCGGAGACCAAGCCAUUGUGAGCUGGAGCUGGCUGAGGGGCACCAGCCCCAGAAGGUGGCCCGGCGCGUGUUCACCAACAGUCGGGAGCGCUGGCGGCAGCAGAACGUGAACGGCGCUUUCGCCGAGCUCAGGAAACUGCUGCCAACGCACCCGCCCGACCGGAAGCUGAGCAAGAACGAGGUGCUCCGCCUUGCCAUGAAAUACAUCGGCUUCCUGGUGCGGCUGCUGCGCGACCAGGCAGCGGCUCUGGCCGCAGGCUCCGCCCCUCCAGGGCCCCGCAAACGGCCGGCGCACCGAGCCCUGGACGACGGCGCCCGCCGCGGGCCUUGUCGCAGGGCCGAGGUGGUGGCGCGCCCGCAGCCCGCGCCCCCAGGCGGCCCCGAUGGCAGCCCCGGUGGGGCGGGCCGACCCAUCAAGACAGAAAAAGCGGCUGUGAGUCCGGAGGUGCGAUGACCUCCAUGGUGUCGCCUCUGAGCCGAAGGGCACUGGGAACUCAGCCCAGGGCCGUCCAGGAAGGGGCGGACGAUGCUCAGCGCCUGCUCCGGAGAUGACUCCCCCGAAGAAGGACCAGUGAAGAGUCCCCUACAGGGGAAAGGGCCCGGGGGUCUGGAAGGGCGACCGUCGCCCCCAGGGGCCCUGCAGACCCUUUUAUCGCCCACCGCCCGCUGGAAGUGGCCUUGUCCGCGUACCCCUCCCGGGGGAGGGGUCUGGGAACCAACACGUCAGAGCGGUCAUCGGACCCAAGUGGUGCCGCAUUUUUCCGUGCUGGGGUCACCGAGGGAGGUGGGGAGGGACCGGAGAGCCUACUCCUUUCUCACCGGCGCCCCCUCCCGGAGACUAAGAGAUACGCGCUCCUCGACGGUGGCGGCCGCCGGCCUGGCGGGAGGAGAGAGGCGCAGAAUCCAUGCGGUGGCCCCACCCCACCCAUCCCGAAACUGUCCCGCACGAUCGCGUUAGCGAAGGCUCAGGCGCUCUUG